GAUAGGGGGACACGGCCAUGCUGAGGCUGCUGGUGGCCAGCGCUCACCUCCCGGCGGCCACCGGUGCAGGACCCGGUGUGCACGUUUAUGCUCGCUUCAGAGGUGUCCCCAGAAGCACCCGGGUGGUGCCAGCAGAGUGCAGCCCAGCAUGGAACGAGACGCUGGUGUGGCCUCUGGCCACACGUCCCCUGCGCCCCAUGGACAGCCUGGCCCUGCGCCUGCAGCUUUGGGGUCAGCCAGAAGCACACAGGCUCCUGGGUGCCACCACGGUGCCUCUGCGCUGCCUGGCAGAGGACCCUGGGCUGCCACUUGAUCUCAGCCAGCUCCCAUUGCGAGACACUCAGGGACAUCCCACAGGAGCCACUGUUUCUUUGCGCUGCUCCUACGUCCCCCCUGGGCAGGUGGCAGCAGGGAAUGUCACAUCCCAGCAAUCAGAAGGAGUGGCACCAUGCCUGUCUCCCCCACGUCCCACCCCAGUGGUGGGGACAGCUAUCGGAAUGGCACCACACCGCCACCCCAAACCUGCAGCAGGGAAGAAGGAGGAUUUCCAGGUGCGGGUCAGGGUCCUCGAGGGCCACCAGCUGCAGGGCAGUGCCAUCAAACCAGUGGUGACGGUCCUCAUCGGCGAGCAGCGCUUCAGGAGCAGGAUCCGUGCUGGGAACAACCCCUACUACAACGAGGUGUUUUCUCAGCAUUUCCACCUGACGCCCGCACAGCUGGCAGCAGUGCCCAUCCACAUCCAGGUUCUCAACUCCAGGGCCAUCCGUGCCGAUGCCAUCAUCGGCGCCUUCAAGCUGGACGUCGGCACCAUCUACAACGCACCCGGGCGCAGGCUGAGGGGGACGUGGCUGAGCCUGCAGCACCCCCGGCACCCCGAUGCUGGAUGCUGUGGGUACCUCCGUAUCAGCGCGGCCGUGCUGCGUGCCGGCGACCCCGUGUCGGAGCGGGAGGAGGUAGCAGGGAGCCAGGAGGUGGAAGCCAAUCUCUUGCAGUCUGUGUUGCUCACCCCAUGCGUGGCCACGCUGCAGCUCCGCAUCUACCGUGCUGAGGAGCUGCCUCGGGAGGAGCCAUCACGUCCGUUCCUUGCUGGCAGCAAGAGGAGCUUCGUGGCAGCGGCGGUGCGCGCCAGCUUUGCGGGCAGGACGCUCUGCACUCGAGUGAUGCCCCCCGAUGCCAGGCCCACGUGGAACGAAGUGUUCUUCUUCCCCCUGCGGCUGCCCCCACUCUGUGAUGCUAUCGAGCUGGCCAUCCUUAGCGGGUCCAAGGUGCUGGGCACUGCCGCACUCCACCUCUCCCACAUCUCCUCCGCUGGUGCUGAGCUUGAAGGAGGGGUCCCAGGUUUCUUACCCUGCUUCGGACCCAGCUUCCUCCCCUUCUAUGGUCCACGGAGAGAUGCUGCUGAUACACCCAGCGACACCAUGGUGGCAUACAGGGGUCGGGUGCUGCUGGAGCUCAGCACCCACACAGGGGACUCCGAUGGGCGCCAGCAGGACACCAUCACCCCAGAGGACAUCAGCCGUGUGCAGCGCCUUCUGCCGUGUCGCCACCGCCUGGGGCUCUGUGCAGUGUUCUACUCUGCCACCAUGCUGUCCCCCACAUCCGAACCGCUGCGCUUCGAGCUCAGCAUCGGCAACCACGGGGACACCGGGGACACCUCGUGCCACCCCGCUGCCUCCGCCACACCGCAAGGCCACCCCCUCUUUGAUGGGAACCGCUACUACUACAUGCCCUGGCACGACAGCAAGCCGGUGGUGGCCGUCACCUCCACCUGGGAGGAUGCUGGGCAGCGGUGGGACGGGCAGAACCUGAUGCACAGUGUGGGCGAGAGGCUGGAGAGAAAUGUGGCAAUGCUGAGGAACGCGAGGACGGAUGCCCAUGGGGACAUUGGGAGGAAGCUGCUGCGUGAGCUGGCGCGGGACUGCAGGGCUGCCCUGCCCGUGCUGCAGGCCCAGCGCCCCAAGACACGGCUGGACGCGGAGCUGCGUGCCGCCCGCCUGCACCUCCUGCAGCUCCUCGCCUCGGCCGCCGCCGCCGGGCCUCCGCGCCAUGCCUGGGCUGAGCUGCUCCCCGAGGCCGAGGCCUGGCUGGGCCGUGUGGCUGCCCUGCAGGUUGAGCCUCAGGCCGGCGUUCCCGACGUGCUGCUGUGGCUGCGGAGCGGUGCCCGCUGCCUGGCCUGCGCCCGCAUCCCCGCACACCGCCUCGCCUGCUCACCCCAUGGCCCCGCAGCCUGCGGCCGGCUCUGCGGACGGACGCACACCCUGAUGCUGGGGGCCCCGGGACACCUCCAUGCCCAGCUCCGUGUCCGGCUGUGGCUGGGGCGUGUGGCUGAGAGCCAGGAGCUGCCACGUUACUUGGAGGGUCCCCUGCACGUCUAUGCUGAGAUAUACGAGAAUCAGACGAAGAUCCUGGGCAAAUGGAGCAGACAGGCGCUCCCAGGUCACCCCAGCUUCUCCGACGCCGCCGGCAGAGUGGGGCUGCCCCGCGAGCGCAUCCGACCCCCCAAGGGCUGGAGCUGGGAUGGACACUGGGCCGUGGAACCACCACGGCGGCUGCUGCCGGACCCCGAGGCUGGCAUGGACGAGGUGUUGGAGGAGGUCUAUGAGAACCAGAGCCGGCAGCACGGCGGGGAAUGGGAACCUGCUGCUGUGCCCAACACUGAUGUGGCCGGCACAGCAGUGCCCCCUAAGGAGGAGGUGGCAUGUCCCCAAGGCUGGCACGUCACCGAUGACUGGCAGGUGGAGGUGACGGGGUCCGUGGAUGAGGCUGGAUGGGAGUAUGGGGUGAGCGUGGCGGCCGGAGACCCUUCACCUGCGUGGCACCCCAAAGAGGAGAUGUAUCACACACAGCGACGGCGGCGAUGGCUGCGCACCCGGCGUAGGGACAGCAGUCCCCAGGAACAGGAACAGGACACCGAUGUGGUGCACAGCCCCGAGGCUCCGGAUAAAGCAUGGGAGUACGCAUCCCUGUGGGGCGGCCGCUUCCAUCUGCAGCGCCGAGCGGGUGAUGUCUGCCGACGGCGCUGCUGGCAUCGGCACAUGGUGCCAGAGCUGUCCUCAUCUGUGGCUGCCAUCUUCCUCCUCGAGGGUGCAGCGGAUGCGGAGGAAACGCCAGAGAGCAAGCAGAUGGCAGCAACACCCAAAGGCCGGGGACACCCCCAGCACCCCAUGCCUGUCAUCCUCUGCACCUUUGAGCGACCCAGCUCCUUCCAACUCCGCUGUUACCUCUUCCAAGCACUGGAGUUGAAGCCCCACAGCACCAAGACCACAGCAGAUCCUGUUGCCCACGUCUCCUUCGUGCACAUCAGCCAGAGCACCCGCGUGCUGCCCGGCACUCUGGACCCAGUUUGGGAUCAGUCAUUGCUCUUCCAUCGGGUGCAGCUCUAUGGGGACCCACGUGGGGUGCGGGAUGAGCCCCCAGCUGUGGUGGUGGAGGUGUUCGAUCAGGAUGGAGGGGGUGCUGGGAGCUUCCUUGGGAGAAGUGUGUGCACCCCAAAAGUGUGGCUGGAUGUGGGGCGCUGGAAGUCCCCCCGGCUGCAGAGAUACCCACUGGAGGGGCCGGGGGGUCCGGCCGGGGAACUGCUGGCUGCCUUUGAGCUGCUGCACGAGACUGAGGAUGGGGCGAUGGCACGGCUCAGCACCCCACCAUGGAGACAGGGCACCUUCAGCAUCCCCCCAGGCAUCCGGCCAGUCCUGAGGCUGAUGGCAUUGGAGGUGCUGGCGUGGGGGCUGCGGGGGCUCCGUGGCCGCUCCCUGCUGCCCGUGCGUGCCCCCAGCCUGGAGGUGCAGUGUGGGGGGCACGUCCUGCGCAUCCCCCCCAUCACCGACCUCGCCACCAACCCCAAUUUCCCCAUCAACGCCUUCCUGCUGACGCUGCACCUACCAGGGGAGGAGGAGUACGUGCCCCCGAUCCGGCUGCGGGUUUUGGACACGCAGGGCUUUGGGUUCCGGCCCCACGUGGGCCAGGCGUGCGUGCAGGACCUGGCGAGGUUCCGCCGUGAGCCCGAUGGAGAGGAGCAGCUGCCCCAACCUCGUGUCCCUGUGUCGGGUUCCAACGCCGCUGCUGCCUGGGGCAGGAUUGCUCAGAUGCUGCCCAGGGUGACCUCUGAGAAGGGGACUGCAGACAAGGACACGGAGAGGGAGGAGGAAGAUGAGGAAGAAGGCGACUGGUGGAGCAAAUUCUACAUGGCCAUGGGAGACAAGGCAAAGAGCCACCGGAGGACACACGGGGACAGCCUGAAGGUGUACAGCUGUGAGCUGGAGGCGGUGCCCAAAUUCGAGGGGCUGCAGGAUUUCUGCCAGACCUUCCCCCUCUACCAGCCGGGGGGGCAGCAGGGGGACGACCCCGUGCCUGUGGGCGAGUUCAAGGGGCUGUUCUGUCUCUACCCCCUACCCGAGGACCCCGGGGUGCCCCCGCCGCCCCGCCACUUCCAGGAGCUGCCCCCCAGCCAACCCCAGCAGUGCCUGGUGCGUGUCUACAUCGUCCGUGCCUUCGACCUGUCCCCUCGUGACCGCAAUGGGAUGUGUGACCCCUACGUUCGUGUCUCGUUGGGAGCAAAGACCCUGGGUCAGCGUGACCAGUAUGUGCCCAACACUGUGGAACCAGUUUUUGGCAGGAUGUUCGAGGUGAUGGGCACCGUCCCAUUGGAGAAGGACCUGAGGGUCUCACUGCUGGACCACGACCUGCUGCCACCCGACCAGGAGAUUGGAAGCACCACCAUCGACCUGGAGAACCGGCUGCUGUCCCGAUUCCGUGCCCACUGCGGGCUGCCCCGUCUGUACCGCACGGCUGGCCCUGGGCGCUGGCGGGACCAGCUGAGCCCCAGCCGGGCACUGGAGCACCUGGCUCACACCCGGGGGCUGCAGGCACCCGAAUUCAGCGCCGACGGAACCUCCGUCAUCUUCGGGGGCUCCACCUUCCUGCUGAGCCAUUUCGAGAGUGGACCCCCCACAUAUCGUCACUCCGGGGCGCCCCGGGAGCGCCUGGCCCUGCAUGUGCUGCAUGCAUGGAACCUCGUCCCCGAGCACCUGGAGACCAGGACGCUGUACAACAGUGCCCAGCCUGGGCUGGAGCAGGGCAAGGUGCAGAUGUGGGUGGACAUCUUCCCCGCCAGCCUCGGCCCCCCUGGACCCCCCGUGGACAUCACUCCCCGCAAACCCCAGAGCUACGAGCUGCGCUGUGUGGUGUGGAACACCCGCGACGUGGAGCCAGGGGACAUCAGUGCAGCAGGGCAGAAGAUGAGCGAUAUCUACGUCACCGGCUGGCUGGAUGGGCUGGAGGAGCAGAAGCAGAGGACGGACGUGCAUUACCGGGCGCUGCAGGGCGACAGCAGCUUCCAUUGGCGCUUCGUCUUCCCCUUCCAGUACCUGGCAGCUGAGCAGCGCUGCGUGCUGCCCCGCAAGGAGCAUUUCUGGAGCCUGGAUGAGACGGUGCUGAAGGUGCCCCCGAAGCUCAUACUCCAAGUGUGGGACAACGACAAGUUUUCGGCUGAUGAUUUUUUGGGUGUCCUGGAGCUGGAGCUCACCCGGCUGCCCCGUCCAGCCCAGCGGCCACAGGACUGCACCCUAAAGCCACGUCUGAGCCUCUGGCCCUGGGGGAGGAUUCGGGGACCCCCCCGUUUCUCUCUGUUCCGACAGAAGCAGGCGCGGGGAUGGUGGCCCUGCGUGGUGCACGAGGGUGGCACGCAGCGCAUGGCGGGCAAGCUGGAGCUGAGCCUGGAGCUGCUCAAUGAGAAAGAGGCAGAAGAGAGACCAGCGGGGAAAGGCCGGGAGGAGCCCAACGCCUACCCAACCCUGCAGCCCCCCGUGCGGCCUGACUCAUCCUUCCUAUGGCUGCGGGCCCCACUGCGUGCCCUGCGCUACGCCGUCUGGCGGAGGCACCGCUGCCGCAUCACCGUGACCCUGGCACUGCUGCUGCUGCUCCUUCUGCUCCUCAACUUCAUCUACUCUGCCCCGGGUUACGUGGCCAUGAAGCUGGUGAACCCGCUGCAGGGGCUGCACCUCUUUGGUGCUGGGAGGAAACGCUGAGCGUCCACAGCAUCAGAGGACACAGAGCACCGAGGGCAUGCAGACACAUCACCUCCUUAAUAAAAUCAGAACUGAGAUGGGCAA